UUUUGUUUGGCAAAUCUUAAAAUAACAAGGAGUUAUACUAAUUUUGUCAAUAUGAAUCAAACUAUUAACGUAGAUCAACUGAACUCGGCAUUAACUUCGCUGAGAACUCUUCGUUCCAGCGUUAGUCACGUAUUUGAAACAUUAUCAAAUGGACUUCGAGCCGAUCACGGCGAAGACGGCAAAGACAAGUUUUUGGUAGAGCUGCAAGAACUUUUAAGUAAUGUAAAUAUAAAUUUACGAGACUUAGAACAAACUGUUAACGGGCUACCUAUACCUACAGCACCGUUCAACCUUGGUAACACGACAUUUUUGAGCCAAGAAACAACACAAGAUCGACAAGCAUUAUACACUCAACUAGUUAACAGUUACAAAUGGACGGACAAAAUUCACGAAUACAGCUCCUUCGCGCAUACACUGCUGAGUCAGAACUCCUUGAAACGAUCAUACAUCAACUCUGGAAGUACCAAACGUCGUGGUAAAUUGCAAAGUAACCACAAUGUAGCACCCCUACAAGUAGACAAUGUAAUAAAUAAUAUAGAUAGAUCAUACAACGAUAUGAAAAUCACUAUUUCACGACCUUUUGCAAGCAAUGCUGUCGUCCAGAUAAAUUUAAGUCAUGUUCUAAAGGCCGUUGUUGCAUUCAAAAGCUUGCUAAUGGAAUGGGUGAUGGUGAAAGGUUAUGGCGAGACUCUUGAUUUGUGGACGGAGUCACGACACCAUGUUUUCCGAAAAGUUACUGAAAAUGCUCAUGCUGCCAUGUUGCACUUUUAUUCACCAACUUUGCCGGAGUUAGCAGUGAGGUCAUUUAUGACGUGGCUCCACAGCUAUGUUAACCUGUUCAGUGAGCCAUGUAAACGUUGUGGAUGCCACCUUCAUCACACUUCCAUGUUACCCCCAGCCUGGCGUGACUUCCGCACACUUGAACCUUUUCAUGAUGAGUGCAAGCAAUAGUUAAUGUGGUAUUGAAGUGGAAAGCUUGAAGCACUGGUAUGAUACUUGUGUUGCAGCUUUCUCCUUCAAUAUCUCAAGUUAAAAAGAAACAGUUACUGUGAGUUGUGUUAUAUGAAAAAACAAGAACUAAAAAUCAUUUGAGACUUCAAAAUCUUUAAUAAGUUAUGAGUAAAAUCUAAGUAAUGAGAAAAGCACAGAACUAUUAUAUUUGUUGUAUAGUUAUUGAGGGUAUUGAUAGUAUUUUACUAUAAUAUAAUAAUCAAAAUAAAUGUUUAAAGUUUAAGCUUAAUUAAUAUGACAAAUUACAUUAUAGAGAUUUCUUCAGAUUUCUACAAUUGUAUUUUUAUAGUUAUAAUAUUAAAAGAAAUUAUAGGGUGUAAAUAAAACUACAUCAUUUAACCAUUGUAUAGUUAUCUAAAAAUAUAAGAACAUUAACUAUG